AUGCAGUAUUCGCUGUCCUCGGCCCUCACAGUUGCAACUGGACUUCUUACUCCCCAGGAUUGGCCACCAGUUAUGGGUCGAUUGAGAGAUGUUUGCACCGUUCGUGGACUUUGGGGGAAAUUUUGGCAUCAGUUGUACCGGAGAAAAUUGAAUCUUCCUUUCACCAUUUUGACUCGUUUUGUGCCGAUUGCUCGUGGAACAUUGUUGUCCAAGUAUCUGCAAUUAUACCUGGCCUUCAUUGCCUCUGGACUUCUGCACACUCUGGGAGCUAUGAAUGCGACGACCAGUAGCCACGAGAAUAAUAUGCUACAGCUGACAUUCUUCUUGGUACAGCCAGUGGCCAUCACAAUCGAAGAUUUCGCAGUUUACUUAGGAGAGAAAUGGGGCGCGAAGAAGUCAUGGAAGACAAAACUCCUGGGCCGGAUAUGGACGUUUUCUUGGUUCACCUAUAGUUUGAGAUAUAUGGCUGCCCAUCAGUAUGAUCUGGGAGCCUUCGAUGGGCACCCUCUGCCAAGUAUUGUUGCGGCGACCUUGGGUCUAGUCAAGAAAUUCUCAGGCGGCAAAGGUCUACACUGA